AUGGCAUCAACAAGCACCCGCAGCAUAGCCACCUCUCCACCGUCCUCACAACCUUUCCAAUGUCAAGUAUGUUCAAGUCGCUUCACCCGCCAUGAGAACCUGAAGCGUCACGCUGCGCUACAUUCUCGCUCUUCCAGCAAUGCCUCUAUACCCUGCCACCUCUGCCCUGCCACCUUUUCGCGCCCGGAUCUACGUCACCGGCACAUGAAGCGAAAACACAUGGACCGUAUGGAAAAGACUUCACGAGGAGGAAACUCACCUCAGAGCGACCUGCAGCGCCAUGCACCUACGCCGCCGUCGCAGACCAGUGAGGCGGAGGUUGACACAGAUCAGCUUUUUCGACAAGCAUCUACCGAUGACGAUGCUAUCAACCUUUCCAGUAGCUUGCCCUCAGAUCUGAACGAUACCCAAAUGCUCGCCACGUCAUUCUCAUCGCAAGCGUCCAUGCUGUUGGGCCCGACUGCUUCUCAGUUGGCAGGCGUCAACUUUCUCGAGCCUUCGUGCAAUCUCAACAUGUCGAAUUCGCCCUCUGGAAUGAGUCUUCUCAACUUUAGCCUCGAUCAAGGGAGCCCCGAAAGGUUAUUGUACGGAUCAAUUGACCUCAACCAGGGCCAGAAUGACUGGUAUCCGUCGACCAGCCAAAUUACACAAGGCUGUCAAUUGUAUUUCAAGCAUGUAUCCCACUUUCUGCCUUUUCUGCAUCAGCCGACAUUUGAUUCCGCCUCCAUCCCAAGCCACUUACUCCUCAGCAUGCUUUGCAUAGCAUAUCAAUAUGGCGUAGAUCCAGAUCGUAGUGAUCAGCAAGGGUCAGGCGUGAGCUUAUCCGAGAGGUGCUACCAUCGCGCUCGUGAUCUCGUGUCUGGCGACGAUAAUGGGCCAGAUGACUCAACACGUACCCUAUCGCUUGUGCAAUCUCUCCUCUUACUCGAGAUAUACGCCAUGAUGUAUCUUUGCGGUAACCACUCAGCCUAUGGACUCAAGACUCACACCAGAAUGAUCUCGCUCGCUCGAUCAAGUGGACUGUCUAUACCCUUACCGACCGAGCUCACGUCCAAAACCCCGUGCCUUAAUUCCUUGUGGCGCACAUUCAUCGAGGCCGAGUCGCAUAAGAGGACGCUCUUCGCUGCCCAUCAAAUCGACACGUUAUGGUAUCAGUUUCUCUCGAUACCCCGACAAUUCUCACAUCUCGAGAUCAAGCACGAGCUGCCAUGCCCUCAGGAUCAGUGGGCGGCAUCUUCAGCAGCCGAGUGGGCGCAUAAAAAAUUAGUUGCCGUCGUCCCUGGCCCACCGGUUCAGUAUCCCGAUGCUGUUCGACUCUUUUUGUCAUUGGCAUCAGAUCCCAGCUCUUUUCCCUCGUUUGACCCAUAUGGAGCCAUAAAUAUCACCCAGUUCCUUGCAUCCAGCGCUCAAGAAACGUCGGGCUGGAGUGCCAUGACAGGAAUGAUUAGCACAGAAAGGCUUGAACCAUUGCGCAAGUCCCUCGAAGCGUUGGGUCCUGUUGUCCAGUCCGGGUUGGAGCACGCAAAUUGGCCCCGUGGAGCGUUGUGUGAAGCUACCUGGCAGUCUGCCAUGAUCGAUGUGCGGAUAUGGUCGCCGUCACAUACCUGUGGCAUCGUAGGUGGGACAAUGGAUGCAGUCUUGCAGCAGACGACAUAUCUGGCACCAUCGUGCGAGUUUCUGUGCGAGUCCAAUACUGCGCAAGUCAUCAAACCUCAUAUCGACUGGUUUCUCACAUAUCUCGACUCGCCCCUUGUACCAGACUCGGAGGCGCCUUGGAUCAUGUUAUACGCCUUCAAGGCUUUCGUAAUUGCCUGGCAGUUGAUGCGAGGUAGUACGCUCGGAACGAUGCAGGUUGUUGGCGUUGAAGACGGAGAUACAAAUGGGGCUCUAGAGUGGGCCAGAAGGGUUUUCGGACGAAGGCAGCAGUGGCAGCUUGGCAAGAUUAUCAUGACGUGCCUAGACACAUUAUGAACAAGUAUU